GCAUUUGCAGUCAGCAACAGGAGAUAUGACGUGGGGCCUGGAGUCGGAUUUACUAACAUCAACGCUUAAAAAGAUUACUCUCACACCCUGGGAAGUAAGGAUUCUACACGUUCCUUUCUGGGAAGGCAGCCAGCAGAGAUAAAUGACAUUGUGAUAUGGAAUUAUCAAGAAAUCUGACAGCAGUUACCCUCCUUGUACUUGGGACUUCACUUGGCAUCUAUGUACUAUGGCAAACAUGGACUUCUUCAAAGAAAAAAAGAACUAGAAAGAUGAUUCCUCGAAUUCAGGACUUGGAGCAGUUGAAGCAGAUGAAGUGGGAGUGUGUGGGUAAAGUGACGAAGGUGUUUGUCUAUCCAGUCAAGUCAUGCAAAGGACUUUCUGUUGACUCUGCAAGUGCUGAAUUCAGGGGACUGGUCUAUAAAGCAGCAAGGGACAGAUCAUUUAUAAUCACCACUGAGAAGGGAACAAUGAUUACUGGGCGUAUGGUGCCUUCAACUGUGCUGAUACAGGCUACCUUUGAAGACAGUACAUUGACUCUUACUUUUCCUGGGAUGGAGGCACUACAUGUGGACACCAAAGAAGUAGAGAAAAAUUACAUGUGUCUCAAAACAAACAUCUGGGGUGAGGAUACUUAUGGCUUGGAUUGUGGGAGGGAUGUCUCCUUGUGGCUUCAAAAGGUUUUACAUCGCAAAUGCAAGCUGCUUUAUCAUGCUGACCUGCCUGCCAGCCGUGUGUCCAACCAUCCUCUGGGGUCUCGGUGUCCUCUUCUGAGGGAUGAUGAUCAUUCCUUGUAUGCAGAUUUUGGUGGGUAUAUGCUCAUGACUGCAGAGAGCAUAGCAGAUCUUCAAACCAGAGUGAGUUCCAAGAUUGCAGCUGAGGAUUUCCGGCCAAACAUUCUGAUAGAGGGAACCAAGAAACCUUAUGAUGAGGAUGAGUGGCAGUACGUCAAGAUUGGCAAUACUAUCUUCAGAAAUACUGUGCCAUGUUCAAGGUGUAUUUUUACCACAAUUAGUGCUGAGACUGGCAAGAAAAAUCCUGACAUGGAGCCACUGUGCACUCUCAAGACGUAUCGGUGUGAGAAAGGAAUGGACAGCCCAUCUUUUGGCAUCAACCUCGGCCUUGAUCUGGCUGGCGAGGUGAGUGUAGGGGAUGAAGUUCACAUCACAAGGUCCAAAAGUUCCUUUGAGUAUGUUAAGGGCUAACCAUCAGGCUCAUUCAUAUCUGUGUAUCUUCAUCAUUCUACACAGGGUAUGAAGGUAUCUUUCUGUUUUGUUAAUAUUUGUCAUAUCAAGAUUAUAAUGCUGUGGCAUAACAAAUGUUUUUUUUAAGAAGAUAUAUCCAUAUUUAUACAAUUUCUACUUUCUUCUAAGAAAGCAAGCUUUGUGCAAAAGUGAUGUUUUUCUUGGAUUUGUUUAUCAUGUUACAACUGUUGACUUAUGAGAAAGUUGCAUGAUCAGCUGAGUAAACUUAAUAGUAUGUCUGUAUACCAUGCAGUUUCAACUAUGAUUUGCAGCUAUACAUAUAAGGCAUUGGAAUAAUGUAUAGACAUUUAUACAUUAAUGUAUUAUGAGUUAUAUACACUAUAUUCUAUAUUAUUAUGGAAAUAUAAAUGGGAACAUAUAAAAA